AUGAUUGAGAUUGUAGCAAUGAGUCACAGGCGCAAUCGCACCAAAUUCACAGGGGAACAAUUGAAAAUUCUCAUCGAUACGUUCAACCACAAACCUUACCCAAAUUUUGCUACCAGACAAAAACUUGCUUUAGAAAUCAACAUCGAAGAGUCUAGAAUCCAGAUUUGGUUUCAGAAUCGAAGAGCUAGACACCCAUUCCAGAAAAGACCAAAACCUGAGGAGGCCUUAGAAUCAAGCCAAGACCUUGGGCAAGAUUACCCUGAAGAAAGGAGUCAAGGUAAAGAAGUCAGGCGCUAUCGUACCUACUAUAACUAUUCUCAAUUACACACCCUUAUGGAGGCAUUUGAGAACAACGCUUACCCUGGGAUUGAUUCCAGAAAACAACUUGCUAAAGAAAUUGGGGUUCCAGAGUCAAGAGUCCAAAUUUGGUUUCAAAAUCGAAGAUCUAGAUUACUUGCCCAGAUGAAAAAAGAACCUGAUGAGACCCUAGAACAAAGACAAGACCAGGAACAAGAUAGCUAA